AUGGACUCCGCAAGGUCGCCUUACGACACGAUGCGCCGAACUGGUAGGCUGAACGCGGGACAACGAGCACUUGACCGGGACAUGGUUUACUACGGCGCCGCCUCGCGUGCCAACAAUGGACGUACCGGCCGCGCAGCAACGGAUGGCGAUGACUCUGACGAUGAAAUGACCAACUCCGCGACCACGGGUUACGCGACGUGGGCGGCCAAUCAGGAAGAAGACGAGGACGUUGGCGAGCCGUCAGAAGUUGCCCCAACCGAACUCGUCGAUGAGGACGCGGAGGGUGCGUCGGCGCGAGCGAUGCAGCACCCAGUCACGGAGCUGAGCCAUGCUGCACCAGUGACUCCCGCCGUCACCGCGCCAGGCGGACGUGGCCCCACCGUGGCCGCGACUGGGGGCGUAAACGUCCCUGCUGCUGCGCCUGCACCAGCCCCAGCCAUGAACGCGGCAAUGGCUGCUCGCCUUCGCGCCCGCGAGCUUGAGAUAGUCGAGCUCAACGCCCGUCUCCGCGAGGCACGCCGUACGGCCACCAACAACGUCGCGGAAGGGGAUGCUGACACCCAAGGUCAGCGCAACACAGCGCCAGCCACCACCCGCCAGCGCAACAGGGCGCCAGCAACGACUCGCCAGCGCGAGAGCAACCCGACUGUCGACCAACGUGGCGCGGAGCCGCAGCAUGAGCGCGUGCACACACCAUUCGUGGCCCAGGCCCUCGCUAGGGAGACUGCGAUCGUGCGUGGCAGGCAUGGCCCUCCUACCGAACAGCUGGUGAUAUGGGCGGACAAUCUCGAAAUCGCGAACAAGGUCAUCCCUGGGCUCUUGAAUGGCCUGAAGGACGCAGUUGGGGAGGGGAUUGUGCUGCUCGUGUACGCCACGCGUGUUGGGCGCAUGUCAUUCUGGCCGUCCCCGCUACUCAUCGAGGCCACGAUGGCUCGUGCUCUUCGGCUCCGCACAAGGGCACAGCGUCAACAGCUUCACCUAGUGUGGACCAACGACGCGUCUCGGUCGGGGUGGUUCAUUCGCAAGAUGCAGGUGUUUCGUAACACUCGCUGGGAGCAGGGAAGGGCGUAUGUCUACGUACUCAACGGGUUGCCCUAUGAACCCCCGGCCUUCUCUCGGGUGGCGGUGCCUGCGGACAUGGCUGCUAACGGGGUCCCACAAGUCUCCCGCCAGGACUUCGUAGGCCGUCAUCGCGCAGGGCCUGGCACGUUUCAGCUGCUCGCAUGGCAUGUUCACAACGGCCUACCCUUCGCUGCCGACUCAUUUGAGAGGGGUAUCUACAAGUCUUUCCGCCGCGCCAGCCCUCCCCCUCUCGUCCUGCGGACCUAUGUCAUAGCCUUCUGGCUUUACGGGGUGGAGUAUCCGCUGAUCAACGGCACACAGAUGCCACGGUCGGCGCCGCGGAACGAGGAGGCGGUGCGCUGGUACCACGAUCGCGUGGUCGAGUGGGCCCGUCGGAGCAUUAUGGCGAGCACUGCGGCUGCUGGGCCGUGGUGGGACCCUAAUGCCCGUGCAUGGGCAUUUCGCCAGGGCAGCUCUGUCAUUAUCUCCGAGGACGGGCUGGAGGACAUUUCUCCGCUGGCUCCACCCCUUCACCCGUUUCCGGCCCCCGCGGACGCAGAGGAUGGCGACAAUGACGAGCCCGAUACCUAG